AUGGUCAAAUCACACCUAAUAAUAGUACCCUGUCACGCUAUAUGGAAAAUUGACCAAGGGUUGGAACCCGAAAAUUUCGGCCAAUCCUUCAAGCAGUGGCACUUGGCGGCUUUCCAGCUCGAAGGCCGUGACCAUUUGAGUUUUAUAAUGCAUUCCCUUCUAGCGUUGGAUAGGCUGCUUGACAGUACUUCUACAUCUCUGCUAUUGUUUAGUGGAUCGUGCACCAAGAAAGAAGCUGGCCCCGUUACGGAGGCUCAGUCGUACUUUUUGCUCGCUAGAAAGCUUCUCAACGCAGUGACCAACGGUUUUGAGCUCCCGCUUGCCCUUUCAAGCCACAAGGAUAUAGCUAGAUAUUGCUCCCGUAUCAGCCAUAAAAUGAACUGUCAGAAGCUAACCGUCGAUGAACUUUUCGCGAAACACGUUAGCACUGAAGAUUUUGCCCUAGACUCCCUGGACAAUUUGUUUUAUUCACUAUUGAGAUUCCACGAAAUAACGUCAAGUCAUGCCACACAGAUGACAAUUGCUGGUUUUGGAUUUAAAAGAAGGCGCUUUAUGGAGUUACACGCUGCUGCGAUAGACUACCCUGCGAAUCGAAUCUCAUAUUUGUCAUAUGAACCUCAGCCUGUUUACACCGAUAUACAACAGCACUCGACUUACAAGGAAGAACUAGAGCACCAGGAGACAAAAAAUGCCCUAAAUCUCUUUAGCGUAGACUGGUAUGCUUCCAAGGACCCGCUAUCGAGCAAAAAACUGAAAAGAAACCCUUUUCAAAUUUAUCCAGGCUAUGCUCUACCAUAUAAUGUAACACAUCCGAUUGAGGACGAUCAUGCAUUUUUUAAAUCCAUGGUCGAAAACAAAAUGCCUUGGUCAGUUGGUAGUCAGAUAUGA